CUUUAGUCGUGAUGAUGGAAAAUAGAACCCAGUAGAGCUUUCUAAUGGAUUCUUGCCUUCAGCCUGCAGCAGUUUGCAUACUGUCACUAGAGCUUGGAGACGGGAGUUCAUGCGGCCUCUCUUGAUACAUUCCAGAGUUUGGUUCAGUGCAGUUUCAUAGCAAUCUCUUAGCCAUCUUGUAUAUUCUGCUUCUGGGCUUUGUUCUUAAUACGAAAAAGAAACUUACUAUCAAUUUAAUCAUUAAAAAAAUAUCACUUUAAGAAUAGUUUUGAAUAGCAUGAAAAAUUUGAUAUGAGCAAAUAACAGUUGUGACUUGCAAUAAAUACUCAAACUAAUAAGUUAUACCUACCAACAACAAUGAACACAUCCACAUAUGACCUUGAACAUUUAGCUAGGCUAGGACUAACAAGUUGGUGCAAAAAUACUUAGGAGUGGCAUUUAUAUUAUGUAAAUACUUAGAGAAACUUUUGAGCUGUGGUGCUUUCUGCCUUCUGAGAGCGGUGUUUGUUUUGAAUAAAAUUCCAUAAAAAUUAGAUCAUAAGUACUGUAUAUUAUUGAAAAAUGGACGGCGAUCUAUACGAUGAAUUCGGUAACUAUAUCGGACCUGAUUUGGAAUCGGACUCUGAUGACGAGCAAAGUGUUUACGGGCAGGAUAAUAGAGAUGCCGAUGAAGAUGCCAUGGAGGAAGACGAAGACGCUGAUGCUGAGCCCGAGGUGGCUCCUAUGUCAGUUGUUUUACACGAGGAUAAACGAUAUUAUCCUCAAGCAGUAGAAGUGUAUGGUCCAGAUGUGGAGACUGUGGUGCAAGAAGAAGACACACAAGCAUUAGACAAACCUCUGGUGGAACCAAUUAAACAUAAGAAGUUUCAAGUUCAGGAGCAACAGCUGCCUGAGACCAAUUAUGAUAUGGAGUACCUUGCUGACAUGUUGGACAAUACAAAUCUUAUGAGGAAUAUCACAUUAAUGGGCCAUUUACAUAAUGGUAAAACCUCAUUUGUGGAUUGCCUACUGAGACAGACACAUCCUGGCACAAUCAACAAUGACACAACCAUUCCAAUGCGCUACACAGAUACUUUAUUCGUAGAGCAGGAACGAGGAGUGUCAAUAAAGUCAAUGCCUGUAACUUUACUCCUGAAGACAAUCAAAGGCAAAUCUCACUUGCUCAAUAUAAUGGACACUCCAGGUCAUGUCAACUUUAGUGAUGAGGUCACAGCGGCAUUGAGAAUAUCAGAUGGUGCAAUCCUCUUUGUCGAUGCUGCUGAAGGCAUAAUGCUGAACACAGAGAGGCUUCUACGCCAUGCUGUGCAAGAACGAGUACCGUUAACCUUAUGUAUAAACAAGAUAGACCGUCUCAUUCUGGAGCUGAAGCUGCCGCCGGCGGACGCAUAUUAUAAGCUGCGGCACAUCAUAGACGAGCUCAACUCUAUGUUGGAGACUCACCAACCUCAGGAUAACCCAGAUGAGCCUGCCACUGUCUUUUCUCCAUUACAUGGCAACGUAUGUUUCGCGUCGUCUCUCUACGAUGUAUGCUUCACAUUGGAGUCAUUCGCGGCGAUGUACGCGGCUUCGUACCCCGCGUCGGGGCUGCGCGGGCCCGACAUGGCGGCCUGGCUAUGGGGCGAUGUGUACUUCAAUGCCAAAACGAGACGAUUUAGCAAGAAACAACCGCAUGCUUCGGCGCAACGCAGCUUUGUCGAGUUCAUACUGGAGCCGCUGUACAAGAUCUUCGCUCAGGUGGUGGGUGACGUGGACGAUACGCUGCCCGGCGUGCUGGCGGAGCUGGGCAUCAAGCUCAGCAAGCAAGAGUCUAAGCUCAACGUCAGACCACUGCUAAGGCUAGUUUGCAGCCGCUUCUUCGGAGACUUCGCAGGAUUCGUGGACAUGGUGGUGAAACACGUGCCGUCCCCACUGGACUCGGCAGAACGCAAGGUGGCGCACAAUUACCGCGGUACUAGCGGUGCACUGCGGGACGAUAUGCUGGCGUGCGACCAGUCCGGGAGGCUGGUGGCCCACACCGCCAAGAUGUACCCCACGGACGACUGCACCUUCUUCCUGGUAUUGGCUCGCAUAAUGUCGGGCACAUUGUACGCCGGUCAGACGGUGCGAGUGCUCGGCGAGAACUACAGCAGUCACGACGAGGAGGACUCCCGCAUCAUGAACGUGGGCAGGCUGUGGAUAUACGAGGCGCGGUAUAAGGUUGAACUAAACCGGGUACCGGCCGGGUGCUGGGCGCUAAUAGAAGGCGUAGAUCAGCCCAUAGUGAAGACUUGUACCAUCGUGUCUGCGGACGAAGAGGAACAAUUGCACACUUUCCGCCCGCUGCGGUUCAACACGCAGGCCGUCGUCAAGAUCGCCGUCGAGCCCGUCAAUCCUUCAGAGCUGCCUAAAAUGCUCGACGGACUUAGGAAGGUGAACAAAUCUUACCCGCUGCUGUCGACGCGCGUUGAGGAGAGCGGCGAGCACGUGAUCCUGGGCACCGGCGAACUGUACUUGGACUGCGUCAUGCACGACCUGCGCAACAUGUACUCCGAGAUAGACAUCAAGGUUGCCGAUCCCGUAGUCUCGUUCUGCGAGACUGUCGUAGAAACAUCAUCACUCAAGUGCUUCGCGGAAACACCAAAUAAGCGGAAUAAAUUAACGAUGAUAGCCGAGCCCCUUGAGCGGGGGCUGGCGGAAGACAUCGAGGCGGGCGCCGUCUGCGUCACCUGGGACAGGAAGAGGCUCGGCGAGUUCUUCCAGACCAAAUACGACUGGGAUUUGCUAGCGGCCCGUUCCAUCUGGGCGUUCGGGCCGGACGCGACGGGGCCCAACAUUCUGGUGGACGACACGCUGCCUUCGGAAGUAGAUAAGCAUCUGUUAGCCUCGGUCAAAGACAGCAUCGUACAAGGUUUUCAAUGGGGCACGCGCGAGGGGCCGCUGUGUGAGGAGCCCAUAAGGAACGUGAAGUUCAAGAUCCUGGACGCGGUGAUAGCCCAGGAGCCUCUCUACCGUGGCGGAGGGCAGAUCAUACCAACUGCCAGGCGGGUGGCAUACUCUGCGUUCCUGAUGGCAACCCCUCGCCUCAUGGAGCCCUACUUGUUCGUAGAAGUGCAGGCGCCCGCAGAUUGCGUGUCCGCCGUCUACACCGUGCUGGCUAAGAGGCGCGGUCACGUGACCCAAGACGCACCCGUAGCCGGCUCGCCCCUGUACACAAUAAAAGCGUUUGUUCCCGCUAUCGAUUCAUUCGGAUUCGAGACGGAUCUGCGAACGCACACGCAGGGCCAGGCCUUCUGCCUGCAAGUGUUCCAUCACUGGCAGAUAGUGCCCGGCGACCCGCUCGACAAGAAUAUAGUCAUACGGCCAUUGGAACCUCAGCCGGCGACGCACCUGGCGCGCGAGUUCAUGAUAAAGACGCGCCGGCGCAAGGGGCUCAGCGAGGACGUGUCCAUCAACAAGUUCUUCGACGACCCCAUGUUGCUCGAGCUGGCUAGGCAGGAUGUACAACUUAUUAUAUAAUAUUAAAGAAAUAAGUGAA